CUAUAACAUGAGGGGGUGAGGCUGUGUGACAGUGACUGCUGCUGGUCCUGUCCACAGGAGCCCCCAGCCCUUCUCAGACUCAACUGCAGACACAACCCACCGCCACCAUGUCUGACGAGGAAACUGAACAGGUUGAGGAGCAAUAUGAAGAGGAAGAGGAGGCUCAGGAGGAAGAAGUCCAGGAGGAAGCCCCUGAACCAGAGGAAGUCCAAGAAGAGGAGAAACCAAGACCGAAACUCACUGCUCCUAAGAUCCCAGAAGGGGAGAAAGUAGACUUCGAUGACAUCCAGAAGAAGCGUCAAAACAAGGACCUCAUGGAGCUGCAGGCCCUUAUUGACAACCACUUUGAGGCCAGGAAGAAAGAAGAGGAGGAGCUGAUCGCGCUCAAGGAGAGGAUUGAGAAGCGCCGUGCGGAGAGGGCUGAGCAGCAGAGGAUCCGCGCUGAGAAAGAACGGGAACGCCAAAACAGACUGGCGGAGGAGAAGGCCAGGAGAGAGGAGGAAGAUGCCAAGCGGAGAGCCGAGGAUGACUUGAAGAAGAAGAAGGCCCUGUCCUCCAUGGGUGCCAACUAUAGCAGCUACCUGGCCAAGGCCGACCAGAAGAGAGGUAAGAAGCAGACGGCCCGGGAAAUGAAGAAGAAGAUUCUUGCAGAAAGACGCAAGCCUCUGAACAUCGACCACCUCAGUGAUGACAAGCUGAGGGACAAGGCCAAGGAGCUCUGGGACACCCUGUACCAACUGGAGACCGACAAAUUCGAGUUUGGGGAGAAGCUGAGGCGCCAGAAAUAUGAUAUCAUGACCCUCCGGGCCAGAGUGGAGAUGCUGGCCAAGUUCAGCAAAAAGGCCGGUGCCACCGCCAAGGGCAAGGUUGGAGGUCGCUGGAAGUAAAGGUGUCAGGAGGGUGCAGUGGCAGAGACCUGCCUGCCUGACUUCCGCUGCAGCCUGUCUCUCCAGCUCCGCACCUGGCAGCCCUCGUGUCUGGGCUCCUUGUGGGACUCGGGGUCCAUCCUGUCACGAUGUCCCCGUCUUCUGGGGUCUCGGAAUAAAGUUACCAGACUCCUCU